AUGUCCACCACUGCUGCCGCCCAUCAGAAACACAGCCAUACCCACUACGACGUCCUGCGACUCUCGCGCGGUGCGGACUGGAGCCGCGUGUCACACGAAGACGUCAAAUCGGCAUACCGACGUGCCUUGUUGAUCCAUCAUCCCGACAAGGCUGCACAAGUUUCCUUUAAGAAACAACAACAACAACAAGAACAAGAACAACAAAAGCCCCCCUCCCGUAAUGAUUCCCCGGCGUAUUCGAUCGAUGACAUCGUCGUCGCGUACGAGGUUCUCGCAGACCCGCGAAAGCGAAGAAUGUACGACGAGACACUCGACAAGAGAGACGGCUCGACGUUGAACCGAAAGGAUAACACACACAUCGGCGUCGAGGCGUUCGACCUCGAAGACCUGCAGUACGACGAGCGCAAAAACACAUGGUCCAAGAGCUGUCGGUGCGGCGAAGAACGAGGCUACGUUCUGACCGAGACCGAUCUCGACGAAGAGAGCCAGGACGGGGAGAUCUACGUUGGCUGCCGAGGGUGCAGUCUCUACAUCAAGGUCUUAUUCGCGCUCGAAGAGGGAUGA